GUGACGUGGAUUGUUUAUCUUGUCCGGAAGUGUUCUUCGCUCGGUUCUUUUUGAAAGGAUUUUGCUCUAUUAAAUUUCACAUUACUCGCUUGGCAUGCGGUUUAUUUAUCUUAAACAGUUGUAGGACGUAAUAGACGAUUUGGACAAAGGCGUCAAGGUGUUAAAGAGUGGAUAAAAACAGCAACUAGAGUCAAGCCAGAUGGUUAGCUAGCGUGUUAGCUCGUCGCUAAGCUCCACAGCUAUAAGGCUUCUUUAUAGGUUUAUGUGCGCUCCAAGAUAGUAGAAAAGGACAAUUAUGAAAGUAUUUUAACGACAAACAUCUACUGUAAACAAGUUGCAGGUCACGUAGAUAUUGUAGAUAGCAGUAAUGGUAUAAAGCGUACUUGGGAAGGUAAAAUGGAGGAUAAAUACAGCAGCAAUGUUCUCUCUGGGAGUAAACUGGGAAUGGUUGAAGUUCCUAAUUCUAGGUUAACCAGGUACAUCGUUUUGCUAGUUGUCUCCAAGAUCCUCAAGGCCCUGGGAAUAUUUGAAUCAUAUGACAUCCUUAAAGUGGUUCACAUUGUACAGUUUAUCUUCAUAUUGAAGUUAGGGUCUGCUGUUGUUCUACUUUUCUUUCAAAAACCCUUUUCUUCUGGAAAAGUCAUCUCAAAAAGACAGUGGAUAAAGUUACUAAAGCAUGCUGUUUUCAGCUGCAUCAUAUCGCUGCUGGGCUUUUUUGGUCUGACUCUCUGUGGACCACUGAGGGCGUUAUUACUUUUUGAGCACAGUGACGUGGUGGUGAUCGCACUCCUCUGUGUCCUUUUUACCAGUUCAGGAGGAGGACCAUCCAAGACCAGAGGCGCAGCUCUCUUCAUCAUCGCAGUGAUUUGCCUACUGCUCUUCGAUAAUGAUGAUCUCAUGGCCAAGAUGGCAGAGCAUCCCGAGGGGCAUCACGACAGUGCGCUAACUCACUUCCUCUACACCGGCAUCGCAUUUUUAGGGGUCGCAGAUCACAAAGGUGGUGUUGUGCUGCUGGUGGUGUCUCUGUGCCUGAAGGUGGGUUUCCACACAGCCUCCAGGAAGCUCUCAGUGGAACUUGGAGGAUCCAAGCGCCUGUUUGCUCUGGACAACCUGGUGUCUGCUGUGGUGCUGCUGCCCUGGGUCAUAGUGCUGUCAGUCACCACUGAAAGUAAAGUAGAGUCGUGGUCUUCUCUCAUCCUGCCUUUCGUCAUGAUCAUCCUCUCCGUGGUCAUCCUCCAGUUUUACGUGGAGGCCAUCUGCAGUGCAAAAAUGGAGGUGCAGCGGUGCGCCCGAUACGGCGCCAUCGCUCUCUUCUCCAGCUCCCUGCUACUCGCCAACUUUUGGACCCACCCGCUGACAGACCAGUUGCGCUCUAUGAGCAAACCGCCCCAGGAGAGCAGCACAGAACAUGUGCUCUCUGGAGGGGUCCUGGUCAGUGCCAUCUUCUUCAUCAUGUCGUCCAGUAUUCUGUCAUCACCAUCAAAAAAAGGUCACAAGGGCACCUUAGUGGGUUACUCCCCUGAAGGGACGCCAUUGUACAACUUCAUGGGUGACGCCUUGCAGCACACAUCCCAGUCGCUACCACGCUUCAUUAAAGACUCCUUGAAACAGAUCCUGGAGGAGUACGACUCAAGACAGAUCUUCUACUUCCUGUGUCUCAACUUGGCGUUCACCUUUGUGGAGCUCUUUUAUGGCGUUUGGACAAACAGUCUUGGACUGAUCUCAGAUGGCUUCCACAUGUUGUUUGACUGCUCCGCUUUAGUCCUCGGCCUGUUUGCCGCACUCAUGACUCGCUGGAAAGCCACCCGGAUAUUCUCCUACGGGUAUGGUCGUGUAGAAAUCCUUUCUGGGUUCAUCAAUGGCCUGUUCCUGAUGGUCAUCGCUUUCUUUGUCUUCAUGGAGUCUGUCACCCGUUUAGUGGACCCUCCUAACAUAAACACAGACAUGCUGACUCCCGUGUCUGUUGGCGGCUUGUUGGUCAACCUUGUGGGAAUCUGCGCCUUUAGCCACGCUCACUCCCACGGUGGAAAAAGUUGCUCCACGCACGACCACGGACAUUCACACCAUGGACACUCCCAUGGUGAGCACGGCCACGCUCAUGGAGGCCACGCUCAUGGAGGCCACGCUCAUGGAGGACACGGACAUGGCGGACACGGACAUGGCGGACAUGGACCUUCCCACAGUUCAGGGGGCAUGAAUGCCAACAUGAGAGGCGUCUACCUUCAUGUCCUGGCUGACACAUUGGGCAGCGUUGGAGUCAUUAUCUCCACCAUCCUCAUUCGUCAGUUUGGCUGGUUGAUCGCUGACCCCAUCUGCUCCCUCUUCAUCGCCACACUCAUCUUCCUCAGUGUGAUCCCUCUGCUCAAAGACGCUUGUGAGGUUCUACUGCUGAGAACUCCUCCUGAGAAUGAGAAGGACCUGAACAAUGCUCUAGAGAAGAUUGAGAAGAUUGAAGGUGUUUUGUCCUAUCGAGACCCUCAUUUCUGGAGACAUUCAGCCAGCGUGGUGGCAGGAACGAUCCACCUGCAGGUCAUGUCAGAUGUGGUGGAGCAGCGCAUCAUUCAGCAGGUGACGGCCAUUCUGAAAGAUGCCGGGGUUAAUAACUUGUCGGUGCAGUUGGAGAAGGAAGCAUACUUCCAGCACAUGUCUGGGCUGAGCACCGGAUUCCAGGACGUUCUAGCUCUGACGCAGCAGAUGGAGUCUAUGAAAUAUUUAAACGAUGGAACGUGUAUCAUGUGACCUCUGUCCGUGCGACCAAUUGAAAUGUUUUUCCAAAGAAAUGUAUUUGAAUAAAUCUGUUUAUAUUC